AUGGCCAACAACGCGAUUGAGAUGUUGGCCGUGAUCGGCUCCGUCCUGCUCAUCCUCGCAACCAUGCCAUUUUCACUGUGCGUCAUUUGCAAGGUUGUCCAAGAGUACGAGAGAGCCGUGGUUUUUCGCAUGGGCCGGUUGAAGGGAGGCGCUCGGGGACCAGGGACAUUUUUCGUCAUACCUUGUAUCGACGAUUGCGUGCGAGUCGAUUUGCGAACCGUCUCGUUCGACGUACCACCACAGGAAGUUCUCACCAAAGAUUCGGUGACGGUCAGCGUCGACGCUGUUGUCUACUACCGCAUCAAAGAGCCGCUCAACGCCGUCGUCAAAAUAGCAAAUUACAGCCAUUCAACUCGAUUACUGGCGGCGAGUACUUUGCGCACGGUGCUGGGUACAAGGAGCCUGGCCGAGAUUUUGGCCGAGCGUGAAACGAUAUCGCACAACAUGCAAACUUCUCUCGACGAGGCCACGGAUCCCUGGGGCGUCAAAGUUGAACGCGUAGAGAUGUAA